GAUUCUAAAUGUUGUGCAAUUCAUAUUAUGAAGAGACAACCAGACUUUGCCAACCAAAAAUUAACACUUGAAAAAAUAGUUGAAGACAGUGGACCCAAAUUUGAACUGUAUCCAAAAUACCACUGUGAAUGUAAUUGGAUUAAAAGAUACUGGGGA